CUAAAUUCAUCACCUGCCCCCAUUCUUCCUUCUUUUAAUUCAGCCAAUUUCAGUGCCAUCCAUUCCCAUUCCUUCCUCUUGCUUUCUUCUCCUUCUUCAGAGCUUUCCAAAUUCCACCCCAACAAUGGCGGCUGCUGACUCACAAGUCAAACAACUUCGACAGAUUCUCCAAGAGCAGCAGGAACCAUUCGUUCUGAAGACUUACCUUGUUGAGAAAGGCUGCUGCAUUAGGAGCAAUAGCCUAGAACAAGAAGGAAGCUUUACCUGCUGCCGUGUCACCUCCGGGAAGAAGGGCCAAAAGGGUGUCUCCCAUUUGUCCAAGGUGGUCAGAAAUCUGUGUGAUCAAGUGGGUUCCAUCAACGGCAAGAAGCUCAAAAGGAAGAAGAAGAAGAAAAAGCAGAAGCAGAGUCCAGAGGCAGAAGAAGAGAGGUUGUCCUUCGCCAGCUGCAGCUCCAAAAAUUUCAUAUGGUUUUCUUCCGAGGGUGAUAACGUUGAAGGAAGAGCAAGUUGCUCCUCUUCAUUUGCGGAUUUCUGCAACUCUAAUGAAGAAAAGGUGAACAACCAGAUAGCUGCAGAUGGAAGCCUCCAGUGGCGAUGCAUGGAAGACGAGGAUCAGCAUUCCAGCCCGGUUUCGGUUUUGGAAGGACCGGCGUCUCAAGAAGAAGACUCUUCUUCCCCUCCAACGAAGAACAGCAGCAGCAGCAGUGAGGUCAUCAUCAGGAAGAAGAAAGAAGAGAAACCGAACCAGGUAUCGGUGGAUGAAUCCAUUAUUGCAUCAGCAUCUGUGUGGGGAGUUCUGUUACAGAGAGCAAUGGCCAGGGCUGAAGCUACUGAAACAGGGGAUCCCCUGAAAUCAAGCAGUUUAGAAUUGGAGAAAACGAAGAAGCAGCUUCUGUUCGAUUGCAUACAAGAGGAGAUGGAACUAGAGACCCAUUACAGCAGGAUGCAGAGUUGUACGAGUAGUGCUAGGAUAAUGAGACCGCAAGCAUGGAGUAGGACAUGCAAAACAGGAGGCGGGUUCGAGCUGCUAUCGGAUUCGCUUGCGCAACGAGAAUGGAGCGAUGACGGCGAGCAGUGCAGGGAGAUCGGACAGGAGAUUGCAGAUGCCAUUCUGGAAGAGAUUAAGGAUGAGAUCAUGGUUGACUUGACUGGUCCGUGAUCUCUCCCCCUACUAUACCAUUAACUCGUGUAUUUACCUACCAUCUUGAUUUCUCUUCACAUUUAGUCCAAAUUUAGGAUCCCUGUACAUAAGCAAAAAGCAGGCUCUGCCCGCAACUGUACCAACAGAGAAAUAGCUCCACCAGUUCUCUCAACUGCUUUCACCUGCUUCAUGCACCAAGGGUCAAGAAAUUUGACUUGAACUUUACAUAUGAAGAUAGUUAUGUUUCAAUAUGAGAUGGAUGAUCAAUCGAUUUAGUGAUCUGAUAUGUAUCCCCAUACUGUGGGGGACCAUUUUGUGCCUAGAAGGGUGAGAAGAUUUGGCC